GGCACAGCAAGAGAGAGAAGCAGCUCCUUUACUCUGAGAAAGCAGCCAGCCGAUCACACAAGAGGCAGAAUGAAAGCCUUCCUCCUCACCAUUGCUGCAGUGCAGAUUCUCCACUGCUCAGGAAUACCAAGCCCAAAGGAUGCACUGAGAGCGUCUGUUCUAAAACUGAACCAAAUCACUGAGACCAGCAAUCUGUGUAGGAUAACCAGGAGAAGUGUGAAGGAUAUUCAUCGCACAGGAAAAUUGUCGUACAAUGUGGAUUUAACAUUCUCUGUGAAAGAAACAGUCUGCUCCAAGAAUUCUGGACUGGAAUUUGAUGAUCGCAGCUGUCGCUUCCGAACCAAAAAGUCUGCAGAGAAAGGCUUUUGCAAAAGCCACGUUGAAUAUUAUGCUGAUGAGGUUAUAGAAGUUGAUGUGGAGUGCAGAGGGCUGAAGACAAUCAACGGUAAAAGUGGAUCAUUUGAGUCAAGUGAAAACAGUGUCGAGCUCAAAACCAAAUCAAAGGAGAAAGGAAUCAAAGAAUCAUCCAAUGUACAAAAUAAGUCAACAGAAACAUCUCUUGAGGACUUUCCAGAUGUGGAAAGCAAGUCAACAGAAACGUCACUGGAGGAUUCUCUAAAUGUCGAUAGCAAAUCAACAGAAACAUCAUUCAAUGUGGCUUCAAAUGAACACUAUGAUGAUUCAAGAGGCCAACACUAACCAGGGAUAAAACUUCUGAAAAGCCCAAUUUCGUGUCAACGUAAGACCUCAUUUGGAUUAAAGAAGAUCAAUAUUUGUACUCUGUUUGACCAUAUAUAAAAGUGAGGGGGCCUGGGGUUCCUGACUGUACAUUUUACUGUAACCGGGAAAAUCUAUAGUUUGUAAAUGUUCUGUUCUUUGUUGUAUGUUGUUGUCUUGUACUUUUUUUGUGCUUUUACAUUAAAAGUGUAAAGAGAAUAAAAUCUGAUAUCACUCUGAA